ACAGCAGUGAGAAAUGCCUAUCAGUAACUUAAACCCCAGAAACUCCACCUUCUGAGCGGGGAGGCUGUGGGCUGAUGGAAAUGUAGUGAACAGAUUGAGACAGACAGUGAAUCAUUAGCAACUGCAACGCCAGAAUGAACUUGUCUGGAACCUAAGAGGAGAAAGGGGGGAAGGGGGUGGGGGCACGCAAUCAGCCAGUCCCUUUAUCGGGGUUUGCAGCUGGGGGUUUUGUCACAUACAAAGCCAAAGUGGAACUAAAAGCUGGUGGAUCACCAGUUCAAGAUGCUGCUGGUUUCUCAGCUGAUGGAAGCACCGCGGAUGGAGCCCCACAUUACGUCACAGGGAUCCAUUAAGAGGAAACUGGAAGGAGACAACUUUCCUGACAGCAGCUCAUUUGAUGACCUUUACCCUCAUGACAUUAAGAGACCUUGCCUUGAUGAUGUUACUCUUUCUAUGGGACAAAGUACCAACCCAAGUAGCUCAUGUUCUGAGAUACAGAUGUCGCCAUUCUCUCUGGAUCCUAACUCCUCAUCCAUUGGCAUGGCUGACCAUUCAGUCCUACUUGAAAAUAACCAGAUGAAUGACAAUGACAUGGGCUCUUCGUUUGCCAUGCCACCAAAUACAGAAGUUGGACAAAAAGGGCCACUGGGUGGACCAGACAGCAUGGUUCAUUAUGAUGAAAAAGGGAACAGUCUGCAGACUGUGGACCAGGAGCUGCAAGAUCUCCUGGAGGAGUUAACCAAAAUGCCAGACCCUUCUCCUAAUGAUCUGGAUCUUGAAAAUAUACUGGGGAGCAAGCCAGAAGAACCACUUGGCAUAGUUCACACCCCACCAGCCUUGAGGAGCACUCCAAAGCCUUCUCCUCAGACGUCUCACUUGGAGAACCACGUUACCAAUAAGGAUUUUUCUCCAAGUUGCAGUCAGACAGUAACUAGUGGGUCACCUCAGAUGCGGCCCUCCUCUGCAGGAGCAAGCUAUCCGGUCCGUCCUAAUAAACCCACCACCUCUCCCAUUUCUUCGACGGCCCAGACCAAGUGCCAGCCCCGGAAUAUGCUAACUGGCUCCUUACCCGCCUUGUCCGGACCUCACUGGCAUCACGCCCACCAACUGAAGGCGCUGGCAGCCAGCAAGCAAGUAUCUUCUACAAAACAGCAAAUGCCGACAUCCAGCUGGUCUACCAUGGCUUCUCCAGGUCUUUCUCCACCUUACCCACCAGGGUCUUCACCACAUCAACAACCAUACAGCCCCCAGAACAUCAUGGUGUCUGGAAUAUCGUCCACCAGUUUGCCAGGGAGCAGCCUCCAGACCUCUCCCACUGCCUUGCUUUCCAAUUUGUCUGUCAGUGGCAAUUCUACUGGUGGUCCCUCUGGGCCCUUUGGUUCUGAGAUGCUGUCCAGUCCCAUUCUCGGCCAGCAGCAGCAGCAGUUCAGCCCUCCUAACGUCAUGCUUUCCAGCCUAACCUCCACUGCCAUCCCUACUACCAGUAUCAAGAGUCCUUCGAGCAGCCUGGUCUCAAGCAUGGCCGCCAACAACCCAGCUUCACCAUAUCGGCCGGACAAGCUCUCCAGCCCAGCUCUGCAUCAGCAGUCAUUCAGUCCACAGGGCACUCUGAUGUCAAAUGUCAAUAACCCUGCUGGCCUGCAGCAGCAGCAGCAGCAGCAGCAACAACAGCAGCAGCAGCAACAGCAACAGCAGAACCCACUCUUUAAGACAAUGACCAACAACCCAUCGAAGAAUCUAAGUGUGAUUCUGCAGCAGGCAUCUGGCGGCCUGCAGUCUGGGCUGGUCAGUGAAGGCCCUGGAAGUCAGGAGCCCUUUUCUUUUGGCAACACCAAGCCCCUUUCUCACUUCACCUCGGAGGCAGCCCCCCAGAAGGUGGCGUCCAUGUCUGCAAGCUCAGGGCAGCCGUCCCUGCUCCACUACUUGCAGCAGCCUCCACAGACCUCUACUCAGCAGCUGCCGACCCAGCAGCCCAACAAUACCCAGUUCCUGCUACAGCAGAUGAUGCAGCAACCGCAGAGGAUGCAACGACAUUUGUCCCCUGCCUCUCUGCCUGCUCAACCUAGACAGGAUGGGAAUGCCGGCAUUGCUGCCAGACUUCAGGAAGCAGGCCCUCUCCAGAGUGCAGGCAGCUCCAUUUCAGCAGCCUCUCCAGCUACAGUGAAUGGAUGCAUGAGAAACCAUUUACUCAAGCAGCAGAUUCUGCGCCGGCAGCAUAUCAUGCAGCAGGAAAAGCAGAGACCAAAUGUCAUGGCAGUGCCAUCUGACCAGCGGACUCCAUUUCUUUGCCAACAGAUGAGUCCGUUUUCAACCAUGCCACAGCAGAUGCCUUCUGACUGUGGCCAGUCCAUGUCGAGUCCUUCGCCUAAUCCUCGCAGGAUGUCAUCCGCACCUGGGAUCCUUCAGAGCGCCUUGGCCCCUGGAAUUGGUUCAACUACUGGGAACCAGAGCGCAGGGGGCAUGGUUAUGAUCCCCCAGACCGCAGGGAAGCAACAGGGAAUGUUUUCCUCUGGCUCCGAAUUUAAUGUCUCCAUGCGACAGACUUCAGCUAGUCUGAGCUCUGUCAGCCAGACUGUUCAGAGCAGUCAUUCAGCAGUCAAGCCUGGAAUGACCCUGCCUGGGUUCACUUCCAGCUCCUUAGCAAACCAGUCUGUGAGCCCACACCAAUUACGUCAGCCUAAUAUGGCCCGAAUGUCCAACAUCUAUCCCAAUUCCUCCCCUCAGGCAUGGAUCCCUACCGUGGCCUCUCGAAUGCCCAAUCAGAGUCAAAUAGACACCAGCAUUCAGCAGUUCUCCACCACCCCUCUUUUCUCCAAACAAAAUGUGAGAUCCAAUCUAACAGGUCAGCAGUUUCCGCCUCAGUCAGUGAUACCCCCCAAUCAGAUUGCCCCUGGAGUCAGGCAGAUGCAAAAAGUGAAUGUAGGCCAGCCUGCUCAAAACCUCAGCAUGCUCAACAGUCAGAAUCUAAGACAAAGCCUAACCCGAACCCCAUUGCCAGCUAUGAAUGUCAUGAAACCCAUACCCCAAAGCGUGUCCAGUUUCAACCCAAUCAGCCCAGCCCAAGGGAUCGAGCCACCGAGCUACCCAGUCAGCAGCCAGGCGUCUGGGACCUUCAGCAGGAUGGGUACUUCAGCUGAGCUGCCACAGUAUGAUUUUGGCCCACAGCAGAACGAUUCCAUUUUGCCAGACAGCUGCAAUGAGACAGAUUUCAUCGAUUCUCUCAUGAAAACCAGCAGCAGCAAUGAUGAAGAGUGGCUGAACAACCUGAGGAUGAUCGACGAUAUUUUAGGGCAGCACACUCAAAGUUCUGGUCAUGUUUAACUCUUGGCAAGGUACCCACAUUUGACGCCCUCCUUCCCCGGCUUGGGGGUGGGGGAAAAUGAAACAUAAAAAUAUAAACCCACUACAAACACACCUACACACACACACUCACAGAGACAUAGACAGACACACAUACAGGGAUACAGACACACAGACACACACUCAUACAGACACACACACAGAUACAGACAGACAGGCACACUCACACACAGAGAUACAAACACACACACACGCGCACGCACGCACGCACGCACACACACACACACACACACACACCACACAACACACACUCAUACACAACCCCAACCAUACAGGCACAUACCCAAAGCUAGUUUUUGUCCAUUGGUGAGUCGGAGCCACUUCUUUACCUGUGACAAAGUUGAAUAUUGGCCAUUUUUCAAGUGACUGUAUAUAUCCAAAUUUUGUAAAUGGUGUUUUCUUAAGCAUUCAUUAUAGAAGUAUUUAUACUUCUCUUUGUGACAGUUUGUAUAUAAAUCUCUGGCUUACGUAUUGUUUUAUUAUAGAAGUUUUGCUUGUUACACCUUGUUACCAAUAUGCAAAUCAUUUUGUUAGUUUCCGUAAUACUGUGUAUUACCGCUUGAAACACGCGUGUGUUUGAUAUAAUGUAAGACAAACUAGGGGUGUUAGGCAAACUGAGCAAGUGCCAAAUGGAAGACCAGGAAUCCAAAUGCCUUGGGACUUCUUGUCUCUUUCCUAUUUCUUUUGGACACCACCGAUGAAUCGAAGUGUCUAGCUAGCGUGGAGAUGGGCGAAGCAGCAAGAUCUCCUCCCGGACGAGAAACACUGACAAUUGGAAGGGAUCUUCUAAGCCCCGGAGGGCCACCCCUGCAAAUCUCCUGGAGAAGCUCGCCUUGCUCUGAAUGAUGACCUUGGAGAGACUGCAAAGCAUCCUUACCAUUCUCAUUCAGACUGGAAGAAAGGCUGCCUCCGGUCUCGGCACCCCUAGCGUGUAUAUCUGUAGUGUACAGGUGAUUUGUUCCUGGUUAUAAGGCCUUUCAAUAUGUGUUUGAAUGUAAGACUUGGAGUUCAGAAGAAGAGUCUAUUGAUAUGAAGAGUUAAUUUUGAAUUUGUCUCUCUGAUGGUUUCUGUCCGCAGCUACAGUCAUGUAUAUUUAAGUGUCUGUUUAUAGAAGAGCCACUGUAUUGUAAAUGCCUUAAAUUGUUCAUGCUUUGUGGAAUCCUAUUUUAAUAGUCACAUGCUACUUCAGCCAUACAUUUGUAAUAUAGCAUCAGCUUUGAGCACAGGAUGGUUUUUUCCUUCAUGCCAUAAUAAACUGCCAUGAGAGAACUGCA